AUGCUUUUGACAAGUCUUACAAGUGGCCUUAUCCCAAUUCCAGAAAUUCCUCCACCGGAUUCUUAUUUUAUAUACAAUCCCAAAGUGCCAGGAAACAUGCCAACUCAAUCCCUGUUGGUGUAUAUGGAUGGACCAGAAGUUAUUGGCAAUCCCCUUGGCACCCAGAUGGAGCUAGAUGAUGCCGUGUCAAUAAAAGGGACCACCGCUGUUCCUUUCAGAGCAACACAAGAGAAAAACAUCAUCCAAAUAGAAGGAUAUAUGCCCUUGGACUGCAUGUUUUGCAAUCAGACCUUCACACAUUCAGAAGAUCUUAAUAAACAUGUCCUAAUGCAACAUCGGCCUAUUCUCUGUGAACCAGCAGUUUUGCGUGUUGAAGCGGAGUAUCUUAGUCCUCUUGAUAAAAGUCAAGUGAGAACAGAGCCUCCAAAGGACAAGAAUUGCAAGGAAAAUGAAGAAUUUAGCUGUGAAGUAUGUGGGCAGACAUUCAGAGUGGCUUUCGACGUCGAGAUCCACAUGAAGAAACAUAAGGACUCUUUCACCUAUGGGUGUAACGUGUGCGGAAGAAGAUUCAAGGAGCCCUGGUUUCUUAAAAAUCACAUGCGGACGCACACUGGCAAAUCCGGGGCCAAGAGCAAACUGCAGCAAGGCUCGGAGAGCCCGGCAACAAUCAACGAGGUGGUACAGGAGCAUGCCGCUGAGAGCAUCUCCUCUCCUUACAAAAUCUGCAUGGUUUGUGGCUUCCUCUUUCCUAAUAAGGAAAGUCUCAUCGAUCACAGGAAGAUGCACACCAAAGAAUCUGCUUCCGGUGCCAGUAGUACACAAACAGACUCUCAGCAGGGGGGAAUGCCAUCUCCGGGGGAAGAGUUCUUGCAGUUUUUAAACUUGAGACCCACCUCUCACCCCGAAACCGGCAAGAAGCCCACAAAAUGGAUACCUCAGCUCGAUCCAUUCACCACCUACCAGGCUUGGCAGCUGGCUACCAAAGGAAAAGUCGCCGUGUGCCGAGAAGUGAAGGAACAGCCGGGCCAAGAAGGAAGUACCGACAAUGAUGAUUCGUGUUCUGAAAAAGAGGAGCUUGUCGAAAUUUGGAACGCUGGUAAGAGCCAUUCCGAAGGUUCUGGAAAGUCCAAGACAAGUAAAAGCAGUUGUGCAGGCCUCGCACAAGAUAAAGAGAAGCCCAGACCCUCCAGUGGUGAAGUGCCUUCCGUGGAAGCGGACCCAAAGUUGUCCAGCAACAAAGAGAAGCCGACGCAUUGCUCGGAAUGCGGCAAAGCCUUCCGCACCUACCACCAGCUGGUUCUGCACUCGCGAGUGCACAAGAAGGACCGGAGGGCCGAUGCCGAGUCGCCAACCAUGUCAGUUGACGGAAGGCAGCCUAGGACGUGUUCUCCAGACCUCACCGCCACCCUGGAUGAGAAUGGAGCCGUAGAUCGCGAAGCUGGUUCUGAGGAUGGAUCUGAGGACGGACUUGCGGAAGGGCUCCAGUUGGAUAAAAAUGAUGAUGGAGGAAAAAUAAAGCAUCUUACGUCCUCGAGAGAAUGUAGUUAUUGUGGGAAGUUUUUCCGUUCAAAUUAUUACCUCAAUAUUCAUCUCAGAACGCAUACAGGUGAAAAACCAUACAAAUGUGAAUUCUGUGACUAUGCUGCAGCACAGAAGACAUCUCUGCGGUAUCACCUGGAGAGGCAUCACAAGGACAAGCAGAUCGAUAUUGCCGCCGAAGUCAAGACGGAUGGGAAAAACCAGGAGACCGAAGAUGCACUACUAGCCGCCGACGGUGCGCAAACCAAAAAUUUGAAAAGAUGUUUUGAUGGUGCCAAAGAUGUUAAAGGCAGCCCACCUUCAAAGCCACUUAAGGGGAUGGCCUCUACCUUUCAGAAUGUUCUGGGCAGCACUGUCCAAUCACCAGUACACAGAGAUACUCAGGAUUUCAAUAAAAAUGCAACUGAUGCCAGUACUGAUAAAAUGGGCAAAGCUCCUGCCCCCGCAGGUUUGGACGUGUUCCCGAAGAGAGCGCCAGGUGACCCUCAGCCCCCCGAGCCCGCACGUAGGCCAGAGGCGGGGGUCCCUGCGCGCGCGGACAGCAGUGCGGCCCACGGUGCUGACGGCGGCCCCAGGGAGGAGCAGGUGGGCACGGCGGCCGACGGCAAGCACAGGGCCAGCGGGGACUGUCAGGAGAAACCGCUGAACCUGUCCCUCGGGGCGCUUCACGGCUGCCCCGCCAUUUCUCUGAGCAAGAGUUUAAUCCCAGGGAUCACCUGCCCAUUUUGUACCUUCAAGACCUUUUAUCCGGAGGUUUUGAUGAUGCACCAGAGACUGGAGCAUAAAUACAACCCCGACAUCCACAAAAACUGCAGAAGCAAGUCGGUGCUGCGCAGCCGGCGCACCGGCUGCCCGCCCGCGCUGCUGGGGAAGGACGUGCCCCCGCUGGCCCACUUCCCCAAGCCCCGGGCCAGGCCCGCGCCGCCCGCCAAGGCCGCGCCCGCCGACCGCGACCGCGGGAAGCCGGGCCCCGCCGCGCCCGCCAGGCCCCCGCCGUCCCCGGGGCUCGACCCCAGCACUUUAGCGCCCAGCAACCUGAAGGCGCCGCGGGCGCCGCACCAGCACCAGCAGCCGCCGCCGCAGCUCGGGGGGGCUCAGGGGGCCGCCCGGCCAACGCAGGCCGAGCCCGCCAACCCGGAGAGGGGCCGGAGGCCCGAGGCCAAGCCCCGGGGGCCCGCCGCCGCCCCCGCCCCGCCCGGUGCCGCCAACGGCUGUGCGGAGCGCCCCUGGGCGCCGCGGGGCCGCGACCCCCCGAGCGGCCGCCCCGCAGAGCCCGGAGAGCCGCUGCCCAAGCGGCCGCGGCCCGACGCCGAGCCGCCGGCGCCCGCCUUCCGCCGGGCCUUCGAGCUGCCCAAGUACCACGUGGUGCGCGGCCUGCAGUCGCUGCUGCCGGCCGAGUGCGUGUGCCCGCCGCCCGCCGCGCUGCCGCCCAAGCCCCGCGCCGCGCCCGCGCCGCUCUUCGCCUGCGGGCCCGCCGCCGACGGAAAAAGACCUGUGUCGUACCAACACUUGUCUAGCAGCAUGCUACAAAAGAGAAACUAUGAGAAUUUUAUUGGAAAUGCACAUUAUCGACCAAAUGACAAAAAAACUUGAUUUCCUAUUUUGUCUAAGAAAGGUCUUGAUGGCUGUGUGUACUGUCCGUGAAUGGAGUUCGUCCAUCCUUUGAGAAAGCAGACGGUGGAAGCCCGUGAAAUAUAAGCUGUGACCGUGCCGUGCAUGUAACACACCAGGAACACUACGGUUUUGUGACGUUGUUCUGUUAACUUUUGUACCAAAUAGCAAUAAAAACUAUAGUUGCAACAGUUGGGUUGUACACAAAUGGAGACUGGAAAUCUCUAUUUUGUCCCUGAAUCAUAUUUUUUUUAGAAUCGACCAAAUAAGAAGAGUCUUUUGCCUACUUGAGCGCUGCUGGAAAGAAACCAUCUGGGUUGGGGAGGGUGGGGUGGGGAGAAAGUCUAUGAUGCUUGCACCUCAGGUAACUCUGUACAUAAUUGUAAGUUCUAAACCUGCUUGUUUGGAUACUGUGCGUUCCUCUUUUUCUCUAAUGUAGCUCACCACUUUGAGCAGUUUCCUGCUAUUUGUGCUCUUUCGUUUAAAAUGUAUGUUUUUUUUUUUUUUUAAUUCUCAAUGAUUUGUAUUAUGUUAAAUCCUCCUCAGUCUAUUGUCUUAACAAAAUUGUUAACGGAAGUAUUGACCCUCUAUGACUAUGUGCUGCAUGUACUGAGGUCAGCCAUUCUGAGUUUGGUGCCCUUUUAUUGCAAAUUUCAUUUUGUCAACCAAGGGAGUGUCCAGAUCCGUGACCCCUUCCCGGAAACAGUGCUGUGGAUUGUGGAGUUUUUAAGUGUGUGUGUUUACAGAAAGCAUGUCCUCUGUGGAGCCACCACAUGUCUGGUAAACAUACCAAAUCGUAGGUGGGAUCCCUUGCAUUUACUUUCUAUCAAAUUAAGCAUUUUUGUUGGAAAAUUCAGGUUGUUUGGCUCUCACUGAAAUUAGUAGGUAAAAAAACAGAAAUGCUGAAUUAUACAUGUGAAUGACACAUAUUGGAAGCAAUUUUAAAAAGGACAUGAACGUCUUUGGGUAAAUUUUAGGUUUGUAUCUGGAAGUCUUGGUGUGCCUGGCAUUUGGGUUAACUGUGGACAUUCUGAGUUAAUUAUAGACACAUUGAUUCUGAAGAAGGAACUGCAGGCUGAGCCUUCUGGUUAUGGGGAAGAUGUGAUCUCUUCUCGACCUCCGUUGUCUUCCCAUUUUUGGUUGUUUCGAGCAGCAGCGUUUUUCUCAGUGCAUACGCAGGUUGGGUUUUAAAGAGAGGGUAGCCACCAGCUGGCUUACUAGGUGUUUUAAACUUUGGUUCCCUUGAUAACGCUGUCCGUGGCUGAGUUUCUUCAGCAGUACAUUGGUUUAGCAACCACAAAAUAUUUUAUUAAGAAAACUGUUUCAAAAAUAAAUUUGCACUGUUAAGUUGUCCUGCCCUGCUCUUCUGCGUUAGAGCAGGAGUAAAGUCCUAAAAGAACCCUGAUUUUUUGUUUUGUUUUCAUUAUGCAACAUGAAGCGUACUUGACGGAAGUCUUAACUCCCGUGUGAAAGGGAGAGCUGAUUAGAGACCCGUCUGCUGGUAUUGCAAUGAAGUGCUUUGUAUCAGGAAAACGUACACUAUUGACCUUGUUUCCUGUUCAUAAGCUGAGCCAUAUGUACAUAAUCUAGAUUUUUGUUUUCAUAGUUUUGCACUUUUAUAGCCUAUUUUUGAAGAUUAACACAUUUUUGCAAGAUGAUUGACUUGAUCUUUGCCUAAUCCAAUGAGUGUUGCAGAAAAGCUUGCUGUGACUAUAAAUGUAAAUCUUAAAAAGGGGAUACAAGAUAAUAGAGGGCUGAAAUUUAAACCUGUAUUUAAAAAAAAAAAAAUCACCAAAUCUAUUUGAAAACAAGUCAAUUCAUGUCAUGCUGAAAUUUGGGGGGCUUUCAGAUUUCUCCUUUCUUCACCACAUUUCUGAAUUUCUGAAUGCAUAAAAAUGUCCUUUUUUUUCACAGCCCUUGUACUCCAAAAAUUUUUUUUGUUUGUUUUUGUUUUUGGUCCAUCAGUAUUAACUAUUGGGAUACUACUGGUUUUGUAUGUUUUUUUUUUCCUUUGAGACAACAGUACAUAUAAUAGAGGUACAAUCCGUUGGAUUUUUGUUUAUGUAUUUAUUUCAUUCCAGUUUGAUUUAUUUUAAUUGUUGAUACUUGUCAAACAGUAGACAUUACUUGUUUUAUUUAUGAUAUAUUUCAGCUUAAAGUUAUGUUAUUAUAUGUGGAUGUAAAUAUAGAUUUGGUGUUUUGCA